AUGCCUCCUAAUGUAUUACCGGAAGCUAGUGAAAAAAAAUAUAUUAACCGUGAUUUAGCGGAUGAAGUUUUAAAAUCAUUUCAAGUGCACAUUCUUCCUGGUUACAAAUUAAUCUAUGAUGAUGUUGAUGUCAUGGACCAUGCGCAUUCAAUCAUGAAUGUAAUGAAAAAAAGUGAAGUCUCAAAAAGCCCUCUACCCAUCAGUAUCGUUGAUAUUCAUAAUACCGAAUGUCUUAAAUAUUUAUCUCAAGGAUUCAAAAAAUAUAUAGUUGAUCAAAUGCAAGAUAAUGAAGUUGAUGCUCUACAUUUCUCAAAAGGAAAAUACAUAAAUAAAAUUUUUAGUAAAUUGCGAAGAGGAAGUCUUACA